AAUUCCCAUUAUUCUCUCAUUCAAUUUUCUUAAUUUAAACAAAAACUAAAAAAAUUGCUGCUUAUUCCAUACAAAUAAUAAGUAAAUGUUUGAUGGAGUUUUUGUUUUGUUACAAAAACAAACUAAAACUGAAAAUUAGAUAUUACUAAGACCAAACAUUUUGUAAGAGAUCCUAGACUAGUGAAAAAAUAUAUUAUUAUCGCCUCUCCUUUAAUGGAAAAGCAAGAGUACCAGUUUCCUGAUGAUAUAAACUUUUCAUCUUUUAAUGAAAUUUCCAAUAGUAUUAAAACCGAAGACUUCAAAACGGAAUACGAUGAUGUGACUCUGUUUGCUCAAUUAGAUAAUAUCACCAAUAAUUUAACAGCUAGUAUCAGUGAUACGGCCAUGGCUACUCCUAUAUUUAUAACUGCCAAAUUGCCAGAAAUCCAGAACGAGUCAACUGAAAUCGAAGAAUUACAAAAUAAAUCGUUUUUACCAGAUCCACUUAAUGGAAACCAUAUUUCCCAUUUUGUCAGGUACAAAAUUCAAGACGGUAAGCAUGUGAAGAUAUGGGAGUGUGGCAUAUGUCAAAAGGAGUUUACCCACCAAUAUACAUUAAUGAGACACGUUCCGACUCAUACCGAUGAAAGAAAAUUUCGAUGUGUCACUUGUGGUAAAGCCUUUCGCCAGAUGUCGACUCUUUCCCAACAUAGAGCUAUCCACUCCACUGAAAGACCCUACAUAUGCGAGGUUUGCCAAAAAACCUUUAACCGAGUCUCCACCCUAAUUUCCCAUCGAAAAACUCACACUGGCCUUAAACCCCAUAGAUGCCAUCUAUGUACUAAAGCUUUUCAUCAGAAAGGAAACUUGCGCAACCAUAUAUUUACUCACACAAAUGCUAGGCCUUAUAAAUGUGACAUUUGCGAAAAAGGAUUUAAUCAGAUGUCUAAUCUGAUGUGCCAUAAAUUAAAGGCUCACCAGAGAACUGAAAAACCCAAAUACACAUGCAAAAUUUGCGACAAAUGUUUUCCCAAACGCAUAACUUUAAGACAGCAUGAACAAUAUACACACAAAAUUAUAUCUCCUGUCGAUUCCGUGGAAUUGGAAUACCCAAACCCAAUUCAAAAGUCAUCUGAUUUCAAGGACGCAAUAAUCGUCGAACCCAUUAAGACUGAAGCAAUGAGACUGGCCAUAGAAGCGAAGCAAACUCCAUUCGCUCUUCUUCGUCCUAUUACUGGCAAACCCGUUUUGGUAAGAGUGCUGCCUGCUGGCGAUAAACAGAUGUUGGUUCCUGCAACUGCUGAUGAUUUAAAAACACACAGCAACAUCUCAAUAACUUCUAAAACCGACAAAGAGAAUCAAGCACCUGAUAAAGAAAAGGAAAAAGCUGGCAACACCGUACAGAUUAAGAUACCAGUAGUUGCGACCGUCAUCAUUCAGCAGAGCGAUCCAACAGGUCAAAUGUCAGUAGCAGUUGUAAGUCCUGGACCCAUUGGAGAAGUUGAUGAGCAACCUGGAUUGUUAUCUUCAAAAGAAAAUAAUUUUGUCUACAGCUGUACAUUUACUGACGGCAAUACUUCGGCUUCGACAGCCCAAAGUGAACAUCAAAUAAAUAUGGAGAAUUCAAUAAAUAAUAAUAAUAAUACUCCACCGCAAUCAGAUAGUGCUAAAGAUGAUAAUGAAUUCUUGGAAGAAGUCAGAAAAAAAUUGGAAGGAGACCAAAUUCUCAAUGAACUGAACAAAAUUUUGGAAAAUUUGAUCUGCGAAACUCAGGAGAACAUUCCCCUGAUGUCAAAGGAUAAGGGUUCUAAGGAAAAUGCCUUAAAUUUUUCCGAUGAAGAUUCGAAUUCAUCUGCCGUAACCGUAAUAGAUUUUAUAUCACUUUAAUGCAAUGUAUUAUAAUUUUUAUAAAAUUUUUAGGUAAUCAAGAGCUAGUUACUAUGUUUUUUGCUUAAGUAAGGCAAAUUAAACUUUUCCAUAAUUUGAAACAUUUUAAAAAUGUUUAUUAUUUAUAUUCAAUAGGAGAUGUUUAAAAAUGUAUGCGUAUUUGUGUUAGAUUUAUAUUUUUGUUAAUUGCAGAAAAUCAGAAAUAAAUUUGUAAAAUUA